AUGGGAUGCAUUGACCAGGUGAAGGAUACACUGUCCAAAGCCGUGUUCACUCCGAGCAGUCUGCUGACUGGACGUGGGGGGCUACACAUGGCUCAGAUCGUCGUCUCCUUUCUUACCUUCCUCCUGGGCUGCUUCAGAGGCGGGAGCGCUCACACCUACUGGAACUACGCUAUGUUCUCCUGGGCUUUUUGCCCCAUCAUCACUCUCAUCAUCACGGUCAUCGAGACGUUCCUGCUCCACAUCCUGCUUAAAGUUUGCAUGGACUGGGACGACUUCACCACAGGGAUGGCCAUGACUUCUUCGCUCAUGACCAUCUCUUCCGCCAUCACCUACGCCAACUUCUACGCCUGCUCCAGCUGCAUAUACGGCUGGAUCGUGAGCGUGUUCGCCUUCCUGUGUGGCUUCCUCUACCUUCUUGAAGUGGUGAAGGACAAAUGCCUCGACAAGAAGACGGGCGUCUACCUGUCUGCGCUGCCGGGAUUCUGGAAGGUUCUGGAGGCGUUCGUGAGCUGCAUGCUUUUUGUUUCCAUCACAGGUUACAGAAACAGCGUGGCUCUGACUUUUUGUCUCAUUGCGUACAUCAUCCCUUUCCCCAUCCUGCUUCUCAUCAUCCCCGUCAACAUCCUGAAAAUACUGAGGACCUGUUUGCCYUUUAACCUGGACAGGGUUGUGUUCAUCUUCCUGGUGAUCUCUGUGGUGCUGUACAUCAUCGCUGCGAUCGUGUGGCCCAUCUACGUCUUCAGAAACAACCCCCGUCCCAACGACUGCCCGCCUAGCUUUUGCCUCUGGGCCAUUCAGUUCAUGGUUACCUUUUUUACUUACGUGAACCUCAUUCUUUUUACGCUGGAUCUUAUUUUCACACUGUUUGGCAUCUGUAACUUUAAACGCUCGUAA